UCCCGCUCUUGUAGUGCAGGCUGCUGGUGUCAUCCGUCCGUUAAUAAAAUCCGCUGUACUCAUCCGUGCCAGACUCAUUUCAAUUCAUGCUUUCGAUCGCAUCACCUCAGCAGCAAAACCGCUCCGUCUUUCUCUCACCAAUCCGCUCUAUAUCACUGGCACUCCAGCUUCUACACUCAUCGCAAAGUUGAUUUUUCAUUUCUCUUCGCUCGCACCUUCGAUCACAACAUUACACCAACUCAGUCUCAUCAUUCAAGGCACAAUCUUGUUUUUUUUAAAGAGCUCAUUCGGAACAAAAUGCUGGACGGCCUGUGUGCGAUUUCUUAUCAUUGGAUAUUCACCGUCAUCUAGCUUUCACGUUUUGUAUUUUCCUCUCAAACAUUGAUUUGGGAACGGCUCUAUAAACUACCGAAGCCAACUUUACAGCCACGGUUUUUCUAGGAUUCGAAAGGGAAAAAGUCAUCUGAUGGAAUAGGAAUCGGGAAACCAUAAAUUCAUGCCAUCGCCGAAGAAGAUCGAAGCUCUAUUCAUACAAUUUCUUGUUUCUUUGGAUUUGCUUCUCUGACGAAUAAGUGGAGUAAGAAAAGAGCGACCGAGGAAGGAGGAGGCCAACUCGUCGGGUGUGGACAAGGCCAAGGGAUAUUCGCCGUGUCACCGUAUCUUCCAGCAACACAGUAUUUUAUAAUUAUAUAGCAUAUUUUCGUACGCCCUCCUGUACAACACAAACUAAUCUACAAAUCAUGUCGUCAUCAUCAUCGUCAUCAUCAUCACCGUCAUCGUCCCCGUCGUCAAGACCGCGGUCAUCAUGGCUCCAGGUCGUGCUCUUUACUCUCCUGGUCUACAUCCUUAUCUUUUCCACUGCCUGCUGCCAAGCCGUGCCCGUUUGGAAGACAUCACCGCAACAGCUGAAAUCGAUGAGCACCAGCAAGCUCGACGACGACGCCGUAUCGGUCGGCGGCGGAGCCGGCAUACCAAGCCUACCCAUCGGGGAAGGCGAGUUCGACAGUCCCGACUCGAUACUGGAGCGAUGCCUACAAGCUACUGAUGGAGAGCUUGAAGAGAACCUUUUUGUAAAAACUCUUUGCACGCUUGCUCUGAUGCAUACGAGGCACGCAAACGGGAAGACGAAUCACCAAGGCUAUGUUAAAAGAGGUGUCUCAUCUGACAGGUCUUCCUUCAGUGCGUUCAAUCGGUUUGUGAGCAGGUUACGGCUACACGCCAAUGAAGUAGCUGACUACCAAGAAAAACUGAACCGAAUGCAAGCUCUUGGAGUCCUCGAUUCAGACUACAACGUCAUAUCAGUGCCGUCUGAAACAGCGAGCCUAAUGCGCCAACUUGGUUAGACAUCAGAUUAAGUGUCUCUUUCCCCCCUACUUUUCUCAGCCCAGUUCCUUCUCCGAUGGAAGAAAAUCUUACUUGUAAUCUGGUUUGAAGGAAGUUCAACCUCAUUCAAUGUUUGCCAGACUGAGAGAAACACAGCACUUGUUUCUGUUAUGAAUAAGGUCUUUUAAGGAAGCAAUUGUUAUAUGAAUCAGGAAAUCGUCAUUCCAUUUUCAGGCUCGAUUAGAUCAACUAACUUAUUUCGCUUAUGUAUUCGUAUCUAUCAUGUCCAGGAAAGACGCGAACUCAGUUUCAAUUCCCUUUAAAAUAUUUAUUCAGUGUAAAAGAGGAAAAGAUGUACAACUGUGGUUUUCCAAAGAGCCCUUUACUCCCAUUCAAUUUGAAAUUGUACAACAGAACUCACACUCGAAUCCGCUCAUAUUUUGGGCGUAAAGUAUUAUUUGCCAACGAACCUGAUGAAGCGACUAUCCCGAACGGUUGGGACUAGUCUUCACGCUAGAUGGCGCUCUUGUGAUUCAGUUUAUUUUGUAGAUGAAUUUAUCAAACUUCGUCAAUUCAAGGUCUAUGGAAUGCCACCGUGUCUCUCUUGUACUUCUAAUAGACAUUAUUCUCUAUUUGCGUUUGCUAUCAUAUUUUCUUCUCUUAUUUCGGCGAUAGUGCAAUAUUAUGUAUUUAUGAAGAUUUGUACAGUUAUAUAAUAAUAGAAUCGCAGUAUUAUUUGUUUUCUUUGUUUUAUAGUUAUUUACAGUUUGCUUGUAAAUGUUCAGUCCUAAAUUAUUUUGGAAUUGAAUGACUGGUCUUAAAGACUACAAGUAAACACAGCCAAGCGCACACGAUCUUGUUAUCAUGUUGAAGAACUUAUUUAGCAUGUUCCUAAUUAAACUAUAUGAAACGCAAUUUACAGAAAUGAAGGAAAAUGUUCGUCUGUUGAAUAUGGCGAUCCCUCUUGUCUGAAAUGUUCACAUCAUUACGCAUUAAAGAGGAACACACAUGAAAUCGUAAUCGUUUCAGUUUGUCUGCUACAUGUAAAGCUUAAAGGUUGUGAAAUUGCAAGUCACGCUAUGAUGAACAGGAACUAUUUAAUGGCUGUGAGUCGAUUUAAACACAAAGUCCAAGAAAGUACUAUUUGUAUGCACCCCAAAUAUACUGUGCUUAAAAGCACGCUUGGAGUCAGUUCUAUUAUAUUUUCUAAGUAGAGGUGUCGCUUAAUUUUUAAAAUCAACAUGCUCACUUUAAUUUAUUGCACUGAAUCAACUUCGUGUGUAGCCUACAUACAAUAUUUGAUUCACGAUUCGUAACCAUCAUAACCAUGCUAUUCGCUUUUUACUGUUCUAAAGCCUGUCUGCACUAUAUAGUUUGGCCAGGAGGGAUUAGACCUCUCUGUAUGGUCACUGGCAGGUGGUUAUCUCAUUAAAUCAGCUCUCAAUUAACAUAAGAGAAAGGGGACCAUGGAGGACCAAUGGUCACCGAUUAGGCAAUGCAGUCCCGCACUAAAUGAUCACACUUAAUCUGUGCAUUUUUAUAUUUCUUAAACUGUAGCAUUUUAUUUGUUAUCAUUUAUAAUACAAUCAUUAUCUGACACCUGUCAAAAUAAUUAUCAAUUAAAAUGAUGUUGUUCAUUAAAUGUAGCGUAUGAGUUUAUGAAGAAUUGCACAUACAUUCAGUGUUUUCGAAAGACUAAGAGCCUACGAUUGGGUAUUAUUCUAAUCUGUUACGCUCCUUCAGUGAUCAUAAUAUAAUAAACGUUCCUAAUUCCUGCGUAUUCCAUUUUUGUGACGAUUUACGAUAAAAGAAAAAGUACUAGAAAUGAUCUAAACUAUAUUUGGUUCGUGACACCUCUUAAUGCUUGAGAGUAGAAUACAUUACGUAAUAUUUUGACAAUAAAUGCUAAUAAAUAAUAUCAAACGACAACGAUUCGAUUAUACAUACAGUUCUGUUGGUAUUUUGACCACUGUAAUGGCAAUGUACAUACAAAUUAUUUUUUAUGUGUUUGCUGAGUGUUAGUAGAGCAGAGGAAACCUCAGAUACAUUUAAAAUGUACCAGAAAUGUUUAUGAGAUGUAUUUCCCUCCUUCUAUGUACAAACUUGUAAAUAAAAUAGAAGAUGACUAUCAAUGCAGGAAAACAAAUAUGAGAAAACUUAUUGAACGAUCGCGAGUGGCGUUAAAAGUUUUUCCACUGGUAUCCACAAACAAUAUUCCGCUUUAAUACCAAUCUUAAUAAUGUAUCAAAAGGGUUUAAUUAGAUUAAAUAUGAUUUAUUUUGAUGCUCAAUAAAAUGAAAGGUGCAUACUAAUAAGUCAAAAGGGCGAGGUGCAUUGCCCCUUUCUCAACGCUUUUACAUGGUGCAUGUGUAAACGCCAUUGGCGAUCGUUUGUUAGUGUGGCCCGUGUGGGUAUCAUUGGUUGAAGAAAGUCUGAAAUAAAACUGCAUGACCUGAGUAAGAAAUCAAAGAA